AUGAUAAUGAUGACCGCUCAUAGAAGCAGGAAGGCCAAGCCAGGCUGUGUGCUCUCGGGCUGCGGGGCGGGGCCGGGCGUGGUCGCCCAGACGCUGGAGGCCCCCCCCGGGACCCCGCCGCCCCCCCAGGUCACAGCAGUGGGGCCCCAGGAGCUGGAGGUCCGCUGGUCGGCCCCCCGGCAUCCAAACGGCCUCAUCACCUCCUACCUCGUACACAGGCGACCAAUAGGAACAGAGGAGGAGCUCCUGGUCUUCAUCUGGACCAAUGGGCCGCUGGAGUUCAUCGACGCCAGCCACGCCCUCCAGCCCUUCAGCCAAUACCAGUACAGAGUCCAGGCCCGCAACUCCAAGGGUUCUGCUGAGAGCCAAUGGGCUUCGGCCCGCACUCUGGAGGCGGAACCAAGGGAAAUGGCCUCGCCCACUGUAGUGCCCACUGGGGCGUACUCGGCCCGUCUGACGUGGACUGGUCCUCGCCAACCCAACGGACUGGUGUCCCAGUACAGAGUGGUUUACAGGAAACACCAGCUGGACCCAACGCUCAACACUUCCUCUGUCAUCGCUCUGACUGUGGAGGAGGCCAAGAGCCAGAGGGGUUGA